ACACACACACACACACACACACGGGCGAACCGCAUGUAGGCCUACAGAGUGAGCUCAGUCUGUUAUGGUGGCAGCUACAAAACCUGACUAAAUAAUGGAUAUUCAGUAUAUAGUGUUGUUGUCAGACCUAUUCCACAAGCACGGGGAGAUAACGGUGACUCUUUAUCAGGACUUUCUGGUGUGGAAGGACAUUGGGAAGAACUUGAAGAGAAGUUCUGGCAGCGUUUCUCCAACAGCUCACAGCCACACGGUUCACGUGCGUGAAAUCGUGGCCGUGCACAAGACGGACACGAGCGACCCGACGAAGGCAAUAAAACACCUCCAGCUCAAUCCGCACGCAUUUACAGUUUUUUACGUGAGCAGGAUGACGCAGCAUCAGUGGCAAUGCGGCCACAUCACCUUUUACUCGGACAACCUGGGACUUUGCCAGCAAUGGAUUCAAACCAUCAAUGAUCAACUGUCAACACAAACCAAUCGGCCCAAGAGCCUGCUGGUGUACAUCAAUCCCUACGGCGGGAAGCGGCAGGGGAAGCACAUUUACGAUCAGAAGGUGGCGCCACUGUUUUCCCGAGCCUGCAUCGCCACGGACGUGAUUGUUACAGAACGAGCCAAUCAUGCCAGAGAUCACUUGAAAACAGAAGCAAAUCUCGAUAAAUAUGAUGGAGUGGUGUGUGUGGGCGGGGACGGGAUGUUCAGCGAGAUUCUGCACGGUCUGGUCACCAGGACCCAAUCGGAGCACGGCAUAGACCCGAACCAGCCUGACGCCCAUUUGGCGCCGUGUUCCCUCCGCAUCGGCAUCAUCCCUGCAGGCUCCACCGAUUGUAUCUGCUUCGCUACAGUGGGAACCAACGAUGCGGUGACAUCCGCCUUGCACAUCAUCGUAGGUGACUCCCAACCCAUGGACGUGUGCUCAGUGCACCACAAUGACACGUUCCUCAGAUAUUCCGUGUCGUUGUUGGGUUACGGCUUCUACGCCGACGUUCAGACUGACAGCGAGAGGCAGCGAUGGCUGGGCCCGGCUCGCUAUGACCUGUCAGGAGUAAAGACCUUUCUGAGUCACAACUAUUAUGAAGGCACCGUCUCGUUCGUUCCGGCUGAGGACAAUGUGGGGAACCCCAGGGACAAGGAGCAGUGUCGGGCUGGGUGCCGCGUCUGCCAGCGCAAGACCUCGUUACAGCAGCCGCACAACGACAAACCGUCGCACACAGGCAGUGACACUUGGACCGAGAUACGCGGGAAAUUCAUCGCCAUCAACGCUGCCAACAUGAGCUGCGCGUGUCCCCGCAGUCCGCAGGGCCUGUCGCCCUCCGCCCACCUGGCCGACGGCACCGCCGACCUCAUCCUGGUGCGCAAGUGCUCCCGCUUGGACUUCUUCAAACACCUCCUGCGGCACACCAACAAGGAAGACCAGUUCGACCACUCAUUUGUGGAGGUCCACCGGGUGCGCAGGUUCCGCUUUCAGCCCCGCCACAAUGAGCCGGUCUCACUGCAGGACCUGAGUGAGCCCCAGAAGAAAGUGGACCUGAGUCCCUGUUGCUCCAGAUGCCACGACGCCAGCUGCACCUGCAGCCGCUGGACAUGUGACGGCGAGAUCCUUCCCCACGUCGCCAUCCAAGUCAGUGUCCAGUGCCAGCUGAUCAGACUGUUUGCCCGUGGGAUCGAGGAGAAGAAUCAGAACCAGAGUCCACCGUGGCUUCUGGAAGUAGGAGCACAUCGAUCUGUGGACUGAAAGCUGGGCAGGGUGGAACUUUGGCGGAGUAAUUCUUAUCUGAUCCAGGCUUCAAGGAGCCACUAGAGAUGAUGAAGGCUAAUCAUAAAAACAACCCAGGAGAUGCAGAUAAAUUUGAAAGACUCGCUGAGGCUUUAAUGUUAAUUCCCUUUUCUUUUUUUUUGACGAUGACAAAAUAAUUUUUUCAUCUGUGACCCAGGUGAGAGCAGAUGUGAGUCAGGGGGACCUUUUGAAAAGAGCCCAUCUAAUACACUAACAGGACCCUGAUGAUGUAUUAUGGGUAAUAAGGCAAAGUGGUUGCUAAGUGGUGUGGUGUGUCUCAGCACUGCUGCGACACACCUGUGGCUCCGCUUCGGCUAAAAGCGAAGCGCUCACUCGCUCGGCGGAGAUUAGCCCAAAUUAGAUAUUUUUCCGUCAUUAGAGACUUUUUGCUCAGAUGAGCUCCGAUGUCAAGCCAGUCUUGAUGUCUCUGAAGAAAGGUCACAGAAGAUUUGGGACAAUCUUUUUUUUAAAUCAGGGAUAUUUAUGCUACUGCAUCUUCAGCCUGUAUAUCACAUGAUGCGGGUCCCUCAACCAAUCAGUGGACAUCAGUGACUAGCUCCACUUCAGGGUUCCAAAAAGGUUUCAAUAUGUGUUCUUUUGGUUUGGGCAAUGGAAAUGAAGUGUUCUACCAUGUAGUACACUGACUCCUAUUGUAGAAGUUUUCCCAUCAGAAUGAAUGACCGCCGGCUUCUGCACUGAGUUCAAGGUUCUUAGGACCAAUUAGAACCCUUUAGGUUCCAUAGUGCAGUUGGUACCCCAAUGAAAGUCUUGUGAGUAUGGUAACAAUUUGCUAUUUUGGUUUGGAAAUGGAAAUGUAAUAAUAAAGUCUAUCUAUCAUCAGUCUCGGAAUCGGUCUCGAGAACUUGGAACGACGUCAAGGCCAGCCGCUGGUUUCGAAGUCAUCGAAGGAAAGGACGACGACAUCAUUUGCACCUAACACCAGGGGUCACCGAGCCGAGGCCCCUUCUGCAACAUCCAUGAUGACGUCCAGAUCCGCAUUGGCCUGGGCUCUGCUGCCUUCGGAAGGCUAAGUUCCGGAGUUCCUGGAGCAGGAACCUCAGCAUCUCCACCAAAGCAGCUGUGUACAAGGCAGUUUGCCUGAUCGCCACACCUGGAGUUCUACCUGCUCCCAGGGAAUUGUUCACCUUCAGCAGCUGGCCACAGGUGCUGUAUGGCUCACAGCCUCCACUGCCGCUGUCCCUCAUGUGGCCAGACCUGUGAAUGCCGCAAUUGCCUGUACAGCCACAUGGCUAUGCACUACCACAGUACACCGAAAAAAAAAAAAUAGUAAUAAUAAUCUAAAUUCCUGGUGAUUAAGCAGGUGAUUGACCAAGCCCAUCCUUCUCUCUCUCUCUCUCUCUCUCUCUCUCUCUCUCUCUAUACACACACACACACAUUUUUCACAAUGUCCCAUCCCUGGGCAACUUUCGAGAACAGCCAUGGGGGCUACUGUGGUUCUUGAGGCUACAUGGUGCCUGCGGGCACUACGUUGGUGACCCACCUACCGCAAAGAGUUGUUAAGAAAAAUCGACUUAUGGCUUUUCUUUUUUUUUUCAGUAUAAACAGGUUGUAAUACAUUAUCAUGUUAACAGAGGUUUCUGGUUGAAAACAUGUUUUGCUUUUGUCAGGACAGAAAUGCUUCUUCAACGUUUGAAUUGGAUAUGUUCUGGUACUCUAUAGUUACACCCUGUAGUUGUACAUUAACUUGGCUGCUUGACUUUUCUGGAGAUCAAUAAAAAGCCCUUCUGUAAAUUUC